AUGACUUUACCGUCUUCUCCCACUACUCCUCGGAGUCGUCUAUUCACCGGAGUCAAUUCGUUUUCCAAUCGUGUCGUCGAGAAUUCUCACGCGGUAAGUUCGGUUCACAUUCUUUCAAAUCAUUAAUCAAUAAUCACCUAUUCCAGGAGAAUCCGUCGCCCUCGAAAGGCAUAUGCAAGCUUAUGGAACUCUGCGAGUUUCGGGAGGCCAAUGAAAACGCCUUUUACCACGACACGUUGUCGUCCGAGUUCUGCCGGUCGGAGCUCAGUCGCUCAACAACAAAGUCUCGCUCGUUCGGUAUUCCAGGAAUGUCACCUCCCGGCUCGUGCACUGCUUCGACCGGAACGUUUGCCGACAAGAAGGUAUUACUCAUUCCGAUGCACGGCCCUGCCGAUUCCCAGAAAAUGUCGUUCUCGGUAAGAUCACAAGAACCUUGACAGACUGAUCAAACUAAAAUUCAGAAGCCCGAAGGCAUCCAACACCUGGCUGGAAUCAACGGAAUGACGGCGGAAAGCUAUGAGGAAUUGCUCAACGAGCUGCGUGCAUACGAUUCAACCAUACAAUUUGGCUGCCAUGAUAUGGACUCGACUCACCAUGCGGUCAUGUUUCCGGGUGGAACUAUCUCCAGCGCCGGCAAGAACGCCACGGAUACCCUUCCGUACGUGCCUGCUGGUGAACGCUGCGAGAAAGCGGCCGAGCGGCCAAAUGUGAGUGGCUUCCCGUUGCGAUUUUAUAAAACAAAAUGAAAUUUCAGAUUUUCGCCAGUCUCUGCACUGUCUUCAGUCCAAAAAAGAAUAACAGACAGGCUAGGAUGCAGAAGAUGUUUGAGGAAGCGAACGCACGACUUGCACCGAGAGGAGACAAAUGGAGACAACAGAUGCUUCACUAUCAUCCUGUGGAGAUUCCUCACCUGAUGUUCCGUUUGCCCGCAACUUCGUCUGACACUUUGCCACCACUACAAGAGAACAUCAAUUCACCGACGUUGUGGACUUCUCCCACCAAGCCACAAGAGCCGAUUGUUGAGAAGGCUGAGCACACGGAAAAGCAGGACCAACAAGUUUGCGCACCCAUCGAAUCACUUGUCAUCAAAGAAAAUGAAGUCAGCCCGGCAAAGGACGACGAACUCGCUGCGAUGGAGAAAAGAUUGGCGGCGUUCCAGAAGCCUGCCAAUAAGUUGUUCACCACGACGGUCACUGCAGUUCUGGCGACUCCCACGAAAAGUGUAAGUGCCAGAUAAAAACUAACAGUGUAGGUCCUGGUUUGAUACCGGUCUAGCAGUGCUUUCUAUUCAACCCGUUCACUUUAUUGGGUGAAAAGGUAAAGAUUGAUCAAACGGAAUUGAAAAGAGGUAAGACUGGGACAGAUCUGAAUCGUACUUAUCUGUGUUAGUGACCCAGUUUUUGUGUGACCAUCUCAGAAAAUUUGUGCCGAGGUUUUUUUCGCAUGACAAAUACUUAUUCUCGCUCUGGCUGUACCUCCAAAAUAUAAGAAUUCUUAUCGUUAGCACUGUAUUGUUUGUUUUUUAGGAGAGAAAUCCAGGAAAGCAAAUGACAACGCUCAAGGAGAUUCGCCCCGCCAACGAAGCCGAAAUUGCUGAGACAGAGCGCAAGAUGGCGGCGUUUCUGGCCAGCAAGGGUGUCCAGACUGUGAAGGUAGGGCGAUUCUCCGCAAAGCCGGUGACUUCUACUCCAAUUGAUCCUCAAUCUGCGAAGAAGACUCCCGGACCAUCGUCUUUCAUUGUUCCGGCUUCCGAACAGAAGAACAUGUCAGAGCCGAGUUCGCCGUUGUUUGAGAGAGUGUCAGAGGUUGCCCCGAGCACUCCAAAGCGCAGACGUGGAACCGGAAUCCAGAGACAGCUGACUCCCUUCGCGUUUGAAAAUCCGUGCAGUCCCGAUCCCAAAGAUGUCGGGUCGGCGUUGAACUGGAAAGGAAGUCCCAUCCGGAACGGCAAACAAGCAUCGAGAAGAUCCUUGCUCGAGGUGAACGAGUCUUUCCAGGUAUACAUUUUUGGAAAUGAAAACAAAAUAUUCACAUGUGACCCGUUUCAGAGGGACUAUUUCGGAGAGUCUUCAACCGUCCGUCCUUUUGCGGAGGACAAUUAUGACGACAGCGACGAGUCGUUCUGCGACGGGCCACUUCAGAUGUGCUCGACGACUCCGCUCUGUUCCCCGUUCCGCGGACCCAGUGAUCUGGUGACCGGACCGUUGAGCUCUUCGACAACCGUAAGAACCUACUGUCUUGUGCUUUCAAACCUUUGUUGCUUUCAGAUCCAUUCGGUCACUGAGGCUGACAUUGGCCCAAGUACGGCUGCCAUUACCAACGCAGGCCAGACGGAAUUUCUCGAGAAUGCGAUGAGUCAGCUUUUCGGACGCAAGCUGACCAUCAAAAUGAUACAGAAUUUGAUGUUCGCCGUGGACCCGAAUGAUCUGACUGCUCGCCUCGAGGAUCUGCAGAAGGAACAGUCGGCCGGAUCCUCAUCGCCAACUCCGAAGCUCGUGAAAUCGGCGUUCCGAUCGUGCAUGCGCCUUGGAAGGAGUCAAGCCCACCCGAUUGUUCCGGCGCCAUGCUCCACUCCUGCUGAGAUCUCGUUGAACGUGAGUUUUGAGAUGUCCACUCAAUCAACCCCUAUAAUGUUUUUCCAGAUUCGCAUCCGUCCGUGUGCCAUCCAGCCAAUAAGCAAUUUCAAACGGAGGCUCAGCUCCUUCUUCCCGAAGAAAAGAAACCGCGUGCACUACAUGCGCGACGAGGAGUUGGUUGUUGAGAUUCAAUCGUUCGAGGAAGUGGUCUCUGCCGGUGGCUCUGGAUUCCGGAUUCUGUCGAUUAUCGAUCUGAAUGAGAACUCGAUCGAAUUCCCCAAGUACAAGUACCCCGGAUGA